AGUCCGCUCACAGUUUAGCUCGUUAUUUGAUGUACAAAGUCAGGAUCUGUGUAUACAAGUGACAGUAAAAUGUGGUUCGAUGUGUGGGAGUGUCACGGUGUGCCUACAGAGGUUUGUAUUCUUAUUAUUGCCCAUGUGCUUCACUUGGUACAGUCCACCCCCUCCUCCCCUCCCCCAGAGAUCAGCUGGAGCUGAACAAAAACAUUAGAGAGACUCAGCUGUGUACAGGGAGUACAGUGAUCACAGGACAUUCUAUACACUGACAGUACAACAAACAGAACCUUCCAUCAACUACCCCCAGAUCCCAUCGGGUCACCUACCUACCUGCAGCUGACAUCAACACCUACCUGGCCACUGUGUGCUUCUCCAUCAUCUGCUCACACAAAGCAACUAAAAUGCCAUACAGUGACGAAAAAGCCUUUGGAAAUGAGGACCACCUAAGUGAUUUGGACACAUCUCGCCUCUCUGAGAGCAUGGCCUGUUCAUCUAGUGACAGCGACUCUCCACGGGAUAGUUUUACCAGUGAUUCUUCAAGCAAGCAUGCUUCCCCUGUGUCAAGUCCACCAAAGACAACGAUGCUUGAUGAAAUGAUGUCAACCACAAGAAAUCUGUCAAACUUAAUGCUGGCCCAUGAAAUUGUUGCAAAUGAGAACUUCCACAUGGAGAACGUUGAUCCACCUAAAAACAGCUUAGAAAGGAAGGUCAAGGAGAUUGUUCACAAAGCAUUCUGGGACUGCUUGGAGUCAGAACUUAAAGAAGAUCCUCCCCAGUAUGAACAUGCAAUCAAACUUUUUGAUGAGAUAAAAGAGAUCUUGCUUUCCUUUCUAUCACCGGGUACAAACAGACUACGGACCCAGAUCUGUGAAGUUUUAGAUGUGGACCUAAUAAAGCAGCAAGCGGAACAUAAUGCGGUUGAUCUCCCCAAACUUGGAAAUUACAUCAUUAACAUAAUGGGAAAAUUAUGUGCUCCAGUCAGAGAUGAAGAUGUAAAAAAGUUGAAAGCCACUGGUGACAUUGUGCAAAUGUUGAGGGAUGUCUUUCAUGUUCUGGACCUCAUGAAAAUGGAUAUGGUUAAUUACACUAUUCAGAAUGUUAGACCACAGCUUCAGCGACAAUUAGCCGAUUAUGAAAGAGAGAAAUUUCAAGACAUCCUUGAGAAAUCUCCUGAUGCACUCAGUCAAACCACCAAAUGGAUUCAGCAAUCUCUUAAACAUGCAGCAGAAGCAAAAUCCGAAGAAAAUGCAACCAAAGUAAAUGGCACGUCUGUAGAUAACCUGAGUCCAACCCUGGUGCUUAAUUGUGGUUUUGCUAAACUUCUGGAUUAUGACUAUAACAGUGCUGUGCCAGAGACACUGAUUACAGAUGACUUGCGCAUUCUUGAUUUAAAGUACAAGCUGCAUCAAGUUAAACUUGUAGCUUGCGUGUGUCUCAUUACUCAGAAUGUCAUGGGUCCUUCUAACACUACUGCAUUCAUUGACCACGUAAAAAAUAUUUCAGCUGUUUUGCUUCAAGGCGUUAGCAGCAGACAUUUUAACUUGAAAGAGGCUCUCUAUGCACUGGGUACUAAAAUAUUCUUUGAGAUGAACAAGUCACUGACAGAGAGGAAUCUACCUCCGUUAAGCAGUGAGGUUGAGUCUGUCCUAAUGGGACAGAUUUGUAGCCUUACUGAGAAAGAUCAUCCCAUUUACAACUUGAUUGAUAAACGGACCCAGGAGUAUGUGAUAACAUUCCUCUGCCUUCCCUAUCCAUACAAGCGUGUUCCCGUAAUCCCUGGGGGACUCGCAAAGGUUCGCAAGGAAAUGGAGUAUAUUGGAUUUCACUAUGCCAACAUUGUGAAUUUUAACAAACAAGUGUAUGGACCAUUCUAUGCUGGAAUCUUCCGGAAGCUGCUCUUUAGUGAAGUGGAAGGAGGGAAGGCAGAGGCUCAGGCAUAGGCCAGACUACGAAUAAACAGUUGCACACCACAUAAUGUAAAUACUAAUUUCUCAAAAGAGUACGUAAUCUGAUGAGAGAAAUAUAUUUUAUAGAUUUUAACUUGAACUCUGUUCCGAGCAAAUGUGCUCUAAAGAAAAGUUUGUUUCUUGUGAAGAAGACAGUAUUUUUAUAAGACGGUCAAAGUGUUGACGAGUGGAGCCUACAUUGCGUGACGAAUACAAAAUGCUUUUUGCUUAUGAGUUUUGGAAUGUACUGCAGACUCUUUAUUUUUAUUUUUUUUAUUGCAUGUUGGUUUUAGGAUAUUCUGUUCAGUGUUGAUGAUGUGAGUUGUAAAGCGCUGCGCAAACUGUUGGCGCUAUAUAAAUCCUGUAUAAUAAUAAUCUGAGAGCAUAAUUCUUGUAUGCUCCUGCUUUGACCUUUUUUGCAUUUCACAUUCAGUUCCUGCAAUGACCACUAGUCAUGUCAUAGACCUGUCAUGCAGAAUAAAAAAAGUAUAUGCUAAAGCAUAUAUCGCCCGCGCCACAA